GACUGCAGACAUAGUACAGGAGAUGACCAGAGACUGCAGACAUAGUACAGGGAUGACCAGAGACUGCGGACACAGUACAGGAGAUGACCAGAGACUGCGGACACAGUGCAGGGAUGACCAGAGACUGUGGACACAGUACAGGAGAUGACCAGAGACUGCAUACAUAGUACAGGAGAUGACCAGAGACUGCAGACAUAGUACAGGGAUGACCAGAGACUGCGGACACAGUACAGGAGAUGACCAGAGACUGCAGACAGUACAGGGAUGACCAGAGACUGCGGACAGCACAGGGAUGACCAGAGACUGCGGACACAGUACAGGGAUGACCAGAGACUGCAGACACAGUACAGGGAUGACCAGAGACUGCGGACACAGUACAGGGAUGACCAGAGACUGCAGACACAGUACAGGGAUGACCAGAGACUGCGGACACAGUACAGGGAUGACCAGAGACUGCGGACACAGUACAGGGAUGACCAGAGACUGCGGACACAGCACAGGGAUGACCAGAGACUGCGGACACAGUACAGG